UUCAGUGCGGGGAAAUUCCGAGCGAAGGCAAGAGCCGGCGCCCCCCGCCCUGCCCUCGCCUCGUCAAUGGCCCUUCGGAGCGCCGCGCAGCUUCGGGCUCCCAGAGCGCCGUGCGCCGAAGCCUUUUGCGCGGCGUGAUCGACUACGAGAGGGAUGGGCAACACGGUGCACAAGACCCUGCCAGAAACCAAUCAACAGGCUCGCUCGGUAUCCCACAGGCCUUAUUACACACUGCCUAACGGUAGCCAUGAGAGGAGGUCUGUCCUCACCAUUACUGAGCCCCCACGAUUCCACUUCCAGGCCAAAGGAAAAAACAUUCGUUUGGAUGCCCACUCCCGCAAGGCCACCCGGAGAAAUAGUUUCUGCAAUGGCAUCACUUUCACCAACCGGCCCAUCCACCCGUAUGAGAAAGUGCGUCUUAAGCUGAUGUCUGUGCACCAUGGGUGGAGUGGAGCACUACGCUUUGGCUUUACCACUCAUGAUCCAUCACAAAUGAGUGCAGAUGAUAUACCAAAGUAUGCUUGCCCAGACCUGGUAACGCGGCCAGGCUAUUGGGCCAAAGCUCUGCCAGAGAGGUUUGCGCAAAGGGAUAACAUCCUGGCAUUUUGGGUUGAUCGCCAUGGGAGAGUUUUCUAUAGCGUUAAUGAUGAGGAGCCAGUACUUUUUCAUUGUGGUGUCAAAGUCUCCGGACCUCUCUGGGCGCUGAUAGAUGUCUAUGGAAUCACCCAUGAAGUGCAAAUACUUGAUAGUAUGUUUGCAGAGACAAUGACUUCCACACGUCUCAGCAAUGCACGACUCAGUACUUGCCUUCCACAGAGCAGCCACGAUUCAGCCAACUUCAACAACAACAAACUAGAGAACAACCAAGUGGUGGCCAAAAUUGCCAAUCUGAAUCUGAGCCGUGUUCCUGGGGUGCCGACAGAUAACCACACCAUUCCUUGCUGCCCAAGCAGGCGGCAGCUUGCCCAAGUGGUUCCUGCCUUUCUGGAUACCGACUUGCGUUUCCACCCAACCCGUGGGCCUGACAUUAACUUUUCUCAGGACCGGAUGUCUGCCUGCACCAACUGGCAAGAAAGCAAUAGAACUUUGGUUUUUUCUGACCGACCUUUGCACAUUGGCGAAAACCUUUUUGUGGAAGUGGGACACCUGGGGCUUCCAUAUUACGGAGCCCUUACUUUUGGCAUCACUUCUUGUGAUCCAGGUACAUUACGGACAAAUGAGCUCCCAGCAGAUCCAGACUUUCUUCUGGAUCGCAAGGAGUAUUGGGUUGUUUAUCGAGGAUUCCCAGUCCUCAACAAUGGUGACAUCUUGAACUUCAUGGUUUUGCCAAAUGGAGAAGUGCACCAUGGAAUAAAUGGGAUAAAUCGUGGGAUGUUGAUGUUCGUGGACACCUCACAGUCACUGUGGGUAUUUUUCACAAUCCAUGGCAUAAUCAAUCAGCUCAAAAUAUUAGGCACUGUGCUGUCCAGCCCUGUGACUGUCUCCCCCUCAGGAUCCCCUGGAGGCUCCCAGUAUGACAGCGAUUCAGACAUGGCUUUCAGCGUGAACAGAUCCUCCUCCGCUUCUGAGUCGUCCCUAGUGACUGCUCCAAGUUCUCCUCUGAGCCCUCCAGUCUCUCCUGUGUUCCCACCGCCAGAGCCCUCAAGCAGUAAGAAUGGGGAGUGCACCGUUUGCUUUGACAACGAGGUGGAUGUGGUGAUCUACACGUGCGGACACAUGUGCCUCUGCAACACCUGUGGUCUUAAGCUGAAGAAGCAGCUCAAUGCUUGUUGCCCAAUCUGCCGACGGGUCAUCAAAGACAUCAUUAAAAUCUACCGCCCUUAACCUCACCCCACCCCUUAGGGAUGUGAACGGUGAGGGGCAGGAGAAAGAAUAUUGUUAGCAAUCGCCACACCUUAGUGUCCCUGCUUAUGGGUUAUUGUGCUGGUCAGUGGUUACUGAGUGGCUCUUUUGUCUGUAUUUCCAUGUUUUGACCAUUGAGAAACAAAUCAGGGAUAAUUAUGUGAAAUGGGAAACACUCUGGUCCUUGUUGAGACUGAAGGGACAGCUGCAGGGUGGGAAGAGGUUUAUAAAGAUGCUGCUCUAGUGGAUCGAAACAGCAAGAUGUAAAUACCUGUGCUGUGUCGAUUCCAACAGGAAAGGAAGGUUGUCUUGGGCAAAGGUUCUUAUUAAAAUACCUGGCUAUCCAUUUCAUGAAAGGUAUUGAAGAAAUCAGUUCUUUGAUUGAGUUUCAAAUUCUGGGUGCCCUUUCCCCACCAUAAUCAAGAAGCCUGUAAGGAAAUUAGGUAGCACCCUAGGCACUUUCAAGUAUGUGUUUGUGGGGGCUGAGAUUGUAUUCACCAAACGUUCUCUGCAAAGGUCAAGGAGGAAUAGGUCUUCUGUCCCAACAGAGUAGGGAGGAAUUAGGGAACAUUGGAUGGAGCUUGCUCAUUUCAAGGCAUUGUUUUCCAUUCCUGGAUCACCAGUGGGAGUAGGAGGAAUAAGUAGGUUAGGGUCUACUUUGCUAACCUGCCCCCAGACAGUUAAGAGAAACUGCACUUUGAAGCCAAUUAAGAAAGAGACGAAGUUAAUAAAUGUUGUUGCAUUGAGUCUCAUUGUCUGAUGUGGUCCACUCAUUUACCAUUAGUGCCCGUGUCUUUUAGAGGUUUUUGCAAAGCCAAGAGCAAAACACUUGCACGGCCAGUGAUGGUAGUAAAAUGGAGGCUAGAAGAGAUAUACACAGACUGCGUAAUCAGUCUUGUCUUGUGUAAGAGAAAGGCAGAACGUUAUGAGUACAACCCCCACCCCCCUGCUUUUUCCUCUUCUGGAGGGCACAAGUUAAAACUUCUAGCUGUUGUGAUUCACAGCUGCUAGGCACAUCUUGAUGGAGAGAGUGAUUUAUGGGAAGUUGUCAGCUUCCACGUGCACAGGAGGAACUCUGACUCUAACAUCUGAGUAUACCAGGACUAGUCAUACCUAAGCAUCUGGAGGUUGACAAGACUGCUAUGAGGGAGGGUGAUUAAGAAUUCAGCAUUUCAGUCUUCCAGAAUCUCCUUAUUUGUGCUUUGUCAACAACAGGUGAUUGAUGUUUUCCUCCAUUCCUUCCCAGAGGUUUUGUCAGCAAAGUAUGCAGCAAUGUGGGAUCUCUCAUUUCUUCCUCUCCAGGAAGUUGUCUUUUAUUCCACAAUAGAGGCAUCUUGUUGAAAUGAAAAGGCAUUGUUUGCUUAAGAAGAAUUUGCGAGCUAUUAUUAGAUGCUGGGCUUGAAAGGUAAAUGAAUUUUGGUUGUGAUGGUAGCCAGCUCUGAACUGCUGCAGCCCCAGUUGAAUGUGAAAUAUGCAUUGCAGCUUAGGGACAACAACAACAAAAAUGCUUUUCCCCAGUCACAGAAUGUCUUUUCUUACUCAGGCAUGUUGUUUUAGAAUCAUUUGGCAGUGCACAGGACUGUGACCAUUCCUUCACUAAUCCCUACUGUUGGACAACCUGUCUUUUUCUACGCAGCAACAAGCUACCAAGAAGAAAUGCUAAUGACUUAGACUAAAAUAUGCCAGCUGUUCCUACCUUGAUAGCAGUGUUGCAUUCCACUGUAAAACAGAUGCAGUCUAAAGCUGAAAUCUUUGAUGUAAGCUGAUUUAUGGUCUCAUCCUGUGACCUGCGGUACUGAAGCAGCAGCUCAGCAUUCCACCAUAACUUUUUCCAUACGGCACAAGGGGAAAGAUCCUGGUUUCCCCUUCACGGCAGUACUGGGGCUUCACCUGAGCUCAACACCCGGCUGCUUGGGCUUUUCUCACAGUUUUAGCAUAGCGCAUAUAGUUUGAGCCGUUGUGCUUCCUCUGUCAGCGAGGUGGCAGGGGGGGUCCCUUCUUUCCUCUUGUAGUGACAUCCUGCAGGGAUUUAUAGUUCAUAAAGAAGAUGAAAAUCAGUGCGAACUUUGUCCAUCAAGGACCUGACAUGGGAAUCUUUAGGUAGCCAAGGAUGUUUAUUUUGCUCUGCAUGGCAUCAAGGGAACUAAAUCAGUUUGUCCCUAAAAAUACCAUACUUACCAAAGUGUAUUUUCGAUUUCCCAUGGGCAUUUGCCUAACAAAGCUGGAGAAAUCAUGCCUAAUAGACAUUUAUGCCUAAUAGACAUCAUUCUUGCUCACAGUGCAGGCUUUGAUUUUAAAAACAAAACUUAAGUUUCUGACAAAAUGGCUUUGCCAGAAUACUUGUCUUGCUCACGGGCUGCACUGGAAGCGGUCAGAUGCCGGGAGUGCCGUUCCUGUGGCCUAAAACUGUAUUUGGUUACAGUCACGCAUUCUGUAAGGAAAGAUAAUCCAGUGGCAUUAAUAAAGACAAAAAAUGCUUCUCCUUCCAAGUUUAUUUGCAAUGUAGUGAAUAUCCUGGGGCAAGAGGAAACGCUUUUUACUUUUCAGCUCCCGGGUGGUAUCAGGUAAAGCAUUACUGCAUGAUAUACACCUGUAAUUUCGCAAUACUUCCAAAUACCCUCGUUCCACUACGGAAGAGUAGAGGACAGUGACGCUAGCACCACAGCAAAGUUAGUCAACAUGGGCGACUGUCUGGCCACAUCGGAUGCAGGUGCCUUGUAGGCAGAUGAAUGCUGGUGGCUGCAGCAGACAGCUAAAAUAUCCCCCCAAAUCCAGGAAAGUGUCAGUUUCCGCUUCAAUUGUAAUUUCAAUGCAAAACUGGCAUCAGGACCCUCUCGUCGUGAUUACUUUUUGAGGAGUGAUUGUGAAGAAACGCAUCUUCAAAGCUUCUGGCUGUUUGCAGCAAGUUGACUGUGGAAUCCUCUGCCCUACCCCACCUUCACACACACACACACACACACACUUUAUCUUCCUUCAGCACUACAAUAAGCUUUUGCUGCCUGCUUCUGGUGGGCAUGGACCAUGUGCCUGCUAAUAUGUAUGCAAGCUAAGGUGAUGGAUGCAACUGCUGUGUGCCCUUCUUGGUCAGUCCAUUGCAUAAUCUCUGUUAAAAAGCCAGAGAGAACGUCACAGAGAAAGAGGAUUGUUGCACGAAAGCUAACCUGAGAUAGGAUUUCAUGACACCAUGCUAUCACGAUAGCGGUAGCUGGCACUUUAUAACCCUGAUUGUACGAACCAAAGAUUUUUACCCAGUCAUGAAACUUUCUAGGUCAAACCGGCUACAUAGAAUCCAUUGACCAUGUGCUAUCAGCCAUGGAAACAGUUGCCCUCAGAUUUGUGUUGCAUAGUGCAGUCGGAGGCUCCUUUGCUCAGUAUGUCUCGGGUGGUUUCUCAUAGUAUGAUCAGAGCACCUGGUGCCACAGAACUUGACAAGAGUAUUUCCCUAAUAUCUCAGUUUCAGCCUGCAUGCCUAGCAUGCUAGUAGGCCACAAGAUGGCUAUAAAUCAUAGUGAAUUUGAAUCUCUGCAACAGCUGAUACGGGCUGGUCUCAGUAAAGGUCAUAGAGAAGCUUGACAGAAAGAAGUGAACAGAUUUACAUGUUUGCUGAGCUGCCCCAGCAUGGCAGUUUAAUAAGUAGUGCCCCCCCCCCCGGGUGUUGAUUAUUACCUCCAUUCUGCUACUAUCACUUUGCAUUACUUUGGGGUGGACGUCUCAUGUUGAUUCCUUUUUUCAGAACUGUCAGUUUGGUUCUGUUCUGUCAAAACUUAACUGAGCAUUCUUUCUGUUCCUCUGGUCUAGAACUAGUUUCUUCAAUAAACUCAGAACUGUAUUCUUGUUUUAGUGGCUGCCAUUACAAUUGGGUUAACUUAUUUUUUAAAAAAUUACAGGACUAAGAUGGUAUGAAAUAGGCCAUGGAUUCAAACAGAACAUAGGGUACAUCUGGUACAGAAUUCCCAGUAGGAGAGGAGCAGCAUCUAAGAAGUUCAGGCGGCUUUCUUUGGCUAGGUUAAGACUCAAUGUAGUUUUGGAGAGACGCAUUAUCGGACAUGCAACUCUACUUAUUCUUAUCUCACAAGGAAUUUUCAAACUUUUUGACAGACAAUUUUUAGGUAGUAGAGGCUACUUAGUAAUUUGUUAGUACUUGUUAUUGCUUUUUUUACAAACAAAAUUCUGUUCAGAUGAUCUGUUUGUGCCUUAUAAGGGUGUAUGUGCACUUUUUAUCCUUUUUAAUGCUACUUUAAAAUGGAGGAAAAAAAGAACCUAACACCAGUGGUUGGUAGUUUUAUAGAAUUGUAUGUGUUCACCAAGAAUUCUGCUUUUUUGAUAUUGGAGUGAAAGUAUGUUUUCAUUGAUAUUUUGCUGGCACUCGCCUCCCCAUUUCCUCUUUGUAUAAAAGCUUUUUAAAAUUUCAAGCUUUCUAAAACUUCUUGAUAUUUUUCUGGUUUACGACUGUGAUCUGUAUGUCACACUCUGAACUAGACCAGAUUUUAAUCUCUCAGAAAUAGGCUGUCACAGCAAGAUUAUUUGGGGAGGGAAGGUUGCACUUCUCUACAUGUUAAUACGCUCUGGCAUUGUGAUCUGGAUUGUGUUUGUGU